AUGCAGUGGAGAAGGCGACACUGCUGCCUGAUAAAGAUGACCUGGAAUGUCAAGCGCUCUCUGUUCCGCACUCACAUGGCGAGACUCCUCUCCCUCAUCUUUCUGUUUGCCGUUUUUUUAUUUUGCAGCCAUCAGGACUGGCUUCUCAGCAGGACAGGACUGAGGGAAAACCCUGUGGCCUACACUGUGCGGGGCCUUUGCUUGGCAAAGAGUGAGGCCAAUCAGAGCUCUUUAAGGAACAUCUGGAAGGAGGUUCUUCAUUCUGAGGUUCUUCAACCCCAAACCAACUCAAGCUCCAAACAGGUGAUGGUGGAGAACUCCUUAAGUUCUAACAACAGCCUGUAUAGGGAAAUGGGGAUGAAUGGGCAGCCAAUCCCGUAUCCUUACCGCUACCUCAUCAAUUAACCAUGUCAGAACAGCAGUCUCUUUCUUAUACUGCUGAUUGCAGCAGAGCCACAUCAGGUAGAUGCCAGGAAUGCGAUCAGGCAAACCUGGGGGAAUGACAGUGUAACUGGAAAGCUAAGCUCUGUUUGGCUGUUUUUGCUGGGCCUGGGGAAGGAUACCACUGGCUACAAGCAGCGUUGCAUUAAGAAGGAGAGUCAACUCCACCAUGACAUCAUUCAGCAAGGGUACCAGGACACCUACUACAACCUAACUAUUAAAACAUUAAUGGGAAUGAAAUGAGUAGCCGAGCACUGUCCAAAUGCUCAUUAUAUCAUGAAGACAGACAGUGACAUGUUUGUGAAUACAGAAUAUCUUGUUCAGAAAUUGCUCAAGCCAGACAUGCCACCCAGACAGAACUAUUUCACAGGUUUCCUAAUGAGAGGUUAUGCCCCAAACCGCAACAAGGAGAGCAAAUGGUACAUGCCACCUGAAAUGUACCCCAGUGAGCGAUACCCAAUAUUUUGCUCUGGAACAGGAUAUGUGUUCUCAGGAGACCUGGCUGAGAAGAUAUAUGAAGCCUCCUCUUUGAGUAUACGCCAUCUGCACUUAGAGGACGUGUAUGUGGGGAUCUGACUGGCAAAACUACACAUCAACCCUGUGCCACCACCAAAUGAAUUUCUGUUCAACCACUGGCAUGUGUCGCACUCCAGCUGUAAAUACAGUCACCUGAUUACCUCACACCAGUUUCAGCCUAAAGAACUAAUAAAGUACUGGAACCAUUUCAAGCACAAUGCUUGCAUAAAUGCAGCCAAGGAAAAAGCUGCAAGAUAUCACAGAAAAUUACACUGA